GCUCCGCCCCGCUGCGCCCCGCUCCGCUCCGCGGGCUCAGCCCCGCGCCAUGGGUCGCGCACUGAUGGUCCUCCUCUUGUCUGCAACGGUAUCUCUGCUGGGCGGGCUGAUAUUUGGCUACGAGCUGGGGAUAAUUUCUGGCGCACUGCUGCAGUUGCAGACAGACUUUCACCUCAGCUGCUUCCAGCAGGAGGUUGUGGUGAGCGCCGUCCUCAUCGGAGCGCUGCUCGCCUCCCUGGCCGGGGGGAUCCUCAUCGACCGCCACGGCCGCAGGAGAGCGAUCCUGGUCAGCAACCUGGUGCUCCUGGUGGGCAGCCUCAUCCUCACACUGGCCAGGUCAUUCGUCGUGCUGGUCAUCGGGCGCAUGACCGUGGGCUUUGCCAUCUCUGUCUCAUCCAUGGCCUGCUGUAUCUACGUCUCAGAGAUGGUGGCCGCUCAGCGGCGAGGCCUGCUGGUGUCUCUCUACGAAGCGGGAAUCACCGUGGGCAUCCUGCUGUCCUACGCGCUGAAUUACGUCUUUGCGGCUGUGGGCGAGGGCUGGAGGUACAUGUUUGGGCUGGCCAUUGGCCCGACCAUCAUGCAGUUCCUCAGCAUCCUCUUCCUCCCCGUGAACCCUGUUAAACUGAGCUCRUGGGACUCAGACUGCCAGAAGGGCCUGAUCCCCCUGCAGGACACGGGGGACAGAUCGGCAGCAGAGCGGGAGAUCUACCAGGAGAAGCAUUACUCAUUUCUUGACCUUUUUAGGAGCAGAGACAACAUGAGRAGGCGGACUCUGGUGGGGCUGGGCCUGGUGCUCUUCCAGCAGUUCACUGGGCAGCCCAAUGUGCUGGGCUACGCCUCCAAAAUCUUCCACUCGGUGGGGUUCCAGAGCAACUCCUCSGCCAUCCUGGCCUCGGUGGGGCUGGGAGCCAUCAAGGUGGUGGCCACGCUGGUGGCGAUGGCUUUGGCAGACAAGGCAGGCAGGAGAGUGCUGCUCAUGGCUGGCUGCGUGGUGAUGGCCAUCUCUGUCACCACCAUCGGCCUCAGCAGCCGCAUGGCUCCACUGGCCAUGGCCAGGGACUGCAAAGCAGCCACRGACCCCAAUGCAUCCCACAGCCUCACCCAGCACCCCCCGACACCUGUGUCCACCCAGGCUGCUCUGUCACCCGUCACACCGGUGUCAGGUGCUGCCCAAAGCCAGGCAAGCCCUGCUUUUGCUGCCACAAGGGGCCUUACAGAAGUUUUUGCCAGCACUCAAAGCAAAGAGGUUGUUCCCAAUUCUUCCCUCRCUCAGAAAAGGGGCCUGGUAGGUCAGUCCAAGAAGGGAGACCUGGACAGCACGGGCCCUCCUGUCGGUGCUGCUCCCUGGGCACAACAUACGGCCUUAAAUUGGAUUACRCUGCUGAGCAUGAUGGCUUUCGUGAGUGCCUUCUCAAUUGGAUUUGGGCCAAUGACCUGGCUGGUGCUGAGUGAGAUUUACCCUGCUGGGAUAAGAGGAAGAGCCUUUGCCUUCUGUAACAGCUUUAACUGGGCUGCUAAUUUACUGAUCAGCCUCUCCUUCCUGGACCUUAUUGAUGCCAUUGGAUUCUCCUGGAUGUUUCUUCUCUAUGGACUGAUGGGAGUCCUGGCUGUURUAUUCAUUUACCUUUUUGUGCCAGAAACAAAGGGACAGUCCCUAGAGGAGAUAGACCAGCAGUUCUCCAGGAAACGGGUGUGGGCAGGAAAUGUGUUCAGGCAGAGGCRUGGAAGAGGAGCGAGCUGCACACGCACACAGUACCAGAGAGUGGAGCACGGCAGCAGCACGUGAAACCAGCGACCUGCAGSAGCAUGGUGAGGGGAGUUCCUCCAGUGAAGGAGCAGCCUGGGCCAGCAGCACACUCACUCCUUUUCUGGGGCCUUCAGCUGGUGAUCUCUGCUCAGAGACACUUCACCCUGCAGUGCCUUAGGGUGGGAACACGCCAACAGCAUGUUCUUUGGGUCUUUGGUGAAACACCCAGGCAGGGAGCACAUCAUUCCUUUUAUAUAUUUUAAUUUUUCAUCCUUUGUAUCACCUAUCAUUUAAGAGAUUAAUGGUUUUAUACGCAGGAAUUAAAGCACAG